AUGUCUGAAGGCGACGUCAAGCCCCAGAACCCCGUUGUGGCCGAGGCCCAUCAGGUCGAUACCUUUCACGUCCCGAAAGCGUUCUACGACAAGCACCCACACACCAAGCCACACCUUGCGAACCUCGAGGAGUACCAGAAGCUGUACAAGGAGUCUAUCACAGAGCCCAAGCAGUUCUGGGGCCGCCUAGCGCGCGAGCUGCUCACGUGGGAGCGCGACUUCCAAACAGUGCACGCCGGCAGCUUCGAGAACGGUGAUAAUGCGUGGUUUGUGGAGGGCAAGCUGAACGCAUCGUACAACUGCGUCGACCGUCAUGCUUUCAAGGACCCCAACAAGCCCGCCAUUAUCUACGAGGCCGACGAUGCGGGCGAUGGCCGCAUCAUCACAUACGGAGAGCUUCUCCGCGAGGUCUCAAAGCUCGCGUACACCCUCAAAGAGAUGGGUGUCAAGAAGGGCGAUGCUGUUGCUCUCUACCUGCCUAUGAUUCCCGAGGCUGUCAUCUCGUUCCUGGCUUGCACACGUAUUGGUGCCGUGCACUCCGUCAUUUUCGCCGGCUUCUCGUCCGACUCGCUGCGCGACCGUAUUAUCGAUGCGGAGUGCAAGGUUGUCAUCACCACCGACGAGGGCAAGCGUGGAGGCAAGGUCAUUGCAACCAAGAAGAUUGUUGACGAGGCGCUCAAGCAGUGCCCUGGCAUCAGCCACUGCCUGGUUUACAAGCGCACCGGCGCUGAGAUCCCCUGGACAAAGGGCCGAGAUUGGUGGUGGCACGAGGAGGUCGAGAAGUACCCCAACUACAUCGCUCCAGAGUCGAUGAGCUCUGAGGACCCUCUCUUCUUGCUUUACACUUCUGGCUCGACUGGCAAGCCAAAGGGUGUUAUGCACACGACUGGAGGUUACCUUCUCGGCGCAGCAGCAACUGGAAAGUACGUCUUCGACAUCCACGACGGCGACACGUUCUUCUGCGGUGGUGACGUGGGUUGGAUUACUGGCCACACAUACGUCGUCUACGCGCCUCUGCUGCUUGGUGUCGCUACUGUUGUCUUCGAGGGCACACCUGCCUACCCUAACUUCUCGCGUUACUGGGACAUCGUCGACAAGUACAACGUCAGCCAGUUCUACGUUGCGCCUACUGCGCUGCGUCUGCUGAAGCGUGCGGGCGACGAGCACGUCAAGCACCAAAUGAAGCACCUCCGUGUGCUGGGAUCCGUCGGUGAGCCCAUUGCCGCUGAGGUGUGGAAGUGGUACUUUGAAGUUGUCGGAAAGGAGGAGGCCCAUGUUGUGGACACUUACUGGCAGACUGAGACCGGCUCUCACGUCAUCACACCGCUCGGUGGUGUAACGCCUACUAAGCCCGGCUCCGCCUCUCUCCCCUUCUUCGGUAUCGAGCCUGCUAUCAUCGACCCCGUGUCCGGCGAUGAGAUCCACGGCAACGAUGUCGAGGGUGUUUUGGCCUUCAAGCAGCCGUGGCCUAGCAUGGCCCGCACAGUCUGGGGAGCACACAAGCGAUACAUGGAUACAUACCUGAACGUGUACAAGGGCUACUACUUUACCGGAGACGGCGCUGGUCGUGACCACGAGGGCUACUACUGGAUUCGAGGUCGUGUCGACGAUGUCGUGAACGUCUCCGGACACAGAUUGUCGACUGCUGAAAUCGAAGCAGCGCUCAUCGAGCACCACUCUGUCGCCGAAGCCGCAGUCGUCGGCAUCCACGACGAACUCACCGGCCAAGCCGUCAACGCCUUCGUCGCGCUGAAAGACGGUACCGGCUCGAGCGACCAGAUCAAGAAGGACUUGAUCCUGCAAGUACGCAAGUCGAUCGGACCGUUCGCCGCGCCAAAGGCGAUAUUCGUUGUCCCCGAUCUGCCCAAGACACGAUCUGGCAAGAUUAUGCGUCGCAUCAUGCGCAAGAUCUUGGCGGGAGAGGAGGACCAGUUGGGCGACAUCACAACGCUUUCGGAUCCGUCGGUAGUCGAUAAGAUCAUCGACAUCGUUCACCAGUCUAAGAAGAAAUAG